AUGCGAAGCAGCGGCCAAAGAGGCUGCCGCCCUGCUUACAGGGGGCUCCGGCCGCUGCCUGGACCACAAAGCGCCUGGGACACCAGGGCACUGGCCCCGACUUACAGGGGGGCCCUGGGCCCGAAGGCCCAAAGUUCGCGCGAGUUAUUUACACCUCCUCUGUACAAACAACGCUACCAGUUCGUCAAAGAUUUAGUGGAGAAAUACAAACCUAAGAAGGUGGCAGAUUUAGGAUGUGCUGACUGCAGGCUUCUCUGGAUGCUGAAAUUCUGCAGUUGCAUUGAAGUGUUAGCUGGGCUAGAUAUCUCUGCAAGUGUAAUGGAAGAGAAAAUGCAUACGUUGUCUCCUCUUCCUUUUGAUUAUUUGCAACCAUCUGAAAGAUCCCUAACUGUUACCUUGCAUCAUGGUUCAGUGGCCCAUAAAGAUCCUUGCAUGCUUGGUUUUGACUUGGUGACAUGUAUUGAACUAAUAGAACACCUGGAAGAAUCAGAGCUGAAGAAAUUUCCUGAAGUGGUGUUUGGUUUCAUGGCUCCAAGCAUGGUUGUGAUCAGUACUCCAAAUUCUGAAUUUAACCCUUUGCUUCCAGGAGUGGUGGUGAAUAGGCAUCCAGAUCACAAAUUUGAGUGGAACCAAGCGCAAUUUCAAAGCUGGGCUCUGGAGGCUGCUAGAUGCUAUGAUUACUCCGUGGAAUUUACUGGUGUAGGGCACCCACCAAAAGGAAUGGAGAAUGUUGGGUUUUGUACCCAAAUAGGUGUGUUUGUUAGAAAAUAUCCUCGAUCUGGUGGAUCUGUUCAGUAUGAGAAACCCACUGAAGCAGUUUACAAAACAGUCUUCAAAGCAGUGUAUCCAAGUCUGAAAGAUGAGAAGUACUUGCAGAAUGCAGUUGUCAGUGAAGUUAUUUUCACAGCCCAAAACAUUAAGCACCAUUUAAUGUCAAAACAUGAGGAGUGUGAUGAUGAUCCUGAAAGAAAAUCUGAAUUCCAGCCUUCAGUCAACUCUUUUUCAGACUAUCUUGGAAAACUGGUUGUUGAUAAAGCCAUGGAACCAUUUGUCAAUGGAAAUGAGAGGGACAGUUCCACAUUGACUAAAUUUCAAAUGCUGUAAACAAGGAGAAAAUAUGUCAUGUUGAUAAGAUGGCCUGAGAGAAGUGCAGCUGCUGCAGCUCCGCUCUCCAGAUCCCACCAGCAGCAAGGCUGAAGAUGUAUUCCUGGUAAGCACCCACAGCCAGCACACACACACACAGGUCACAGGCAUACAGAGCACUGCAGGCAGCCAGCCCACUCCCCUCCCCAGCUGAGCACCACAGAGCUCUGCUAGAGAUACAUAUAUCAUAUAUAUCUGUGGAGAUAUAUAGAUAUAGAUAUAUAUAGAUAUAUAUGGCUCCCGGGCUACAGCACCUGCUCCACAGCUAGUCCAGCUUGAUCCCUGAUGGCAUUUGCAUACUCACACACCUGCAUUUGCUCCACAGGCACACAGGUCUCUGACUCCUAGUCCCACCCCUGUGGGUUGCAUUGGCUUUAACUCAUCUCUGCUUUCCAGUUCCUGGCCCUCAAGUGCUCUGUCCCAUAAUCCCAGGCCAGCUGCUGGCACAGAGGACACACAGGUCCUGUGACCCACAGUCCCACUCCCAUGGCUGGUACUUAAGUCUGCUCACUCAGGUCUCCUGUUGCUGGCACCACAGACACCCAGGCCCUGUGUCACCAAACUGUGACUCCAGUUGCUGUUACUCAGACUCCCACUCUCCCAUACACAUUGAACAGAGAGCCCUUCCCCCAGGAAGGAGUUAGAAUGUAGUUCAGUAUGAAAAUACAAUAGACCUUACUGAUUAGAAACAGAUUAGACAAAUGUACCAACCAGCAAACUAUUUACAUCUAACUGGCCCUUUUAUCCCCGUAACUCCCUGUUUUUCCCACACUUGUUCCUCAUCAAAUCACUUAAACUCAUCCCUUCUUCCACUUUUACUUCCUCCCCCAAAUGUCCCAUAAUAAGCCUCUUUCCCUGUAUCCCAUGAUGUGUCUCAUAUGCAGCAACUCCCCUCAGUCCAAAAAUUGCUUCAGUGUUAGUUUGACAUGAUGGGUUUCCUGCCUGGACAAUGGGGCUGAGGCUCUCCUGGGACAGCCCUAGGAGGGGCCUGGACAGGGUGUCCUUUUGUCUAAGCCCAUAAUUUCAGUUCCCCACCUGCCUCUGUGUCCCUGGGCUUGUGUAGAUGGACCUUUGAUGGGCUGAUGGCUCCUGUUACAGGACUGGGAAUUCUGCGUUCCUUCUAUUCAGGAAGAAAUAGUUUACUUUUCCUUUAAUACUCUGUGUUUCCCCCAUGCCUGGGCAUAUAAGAACAUGGAUUUUCUCCAACAAGAAACAUUUUUUCCUAAGCAUUGCUAAAAACUUGAACAAAACUGGUCAUUUACAAACAGAGCUUCAAUGUUUCACAAAUUUCAGCAGUAAGCAAACAGCUGCUCUGCAGGAAGAGCUCCACUUGUUUACAGCUCCCCAGUUAAUUUGCUGUUAGUACAUGCAAAACUCAAACAGAGCAAUCAUUUUCUAUGCCACAUGUUUUUACUCAUAAUAAACAAGUUACAA